UGUCUCGAUGACCAAGGAAAGCAAGACAUUUCAGCGGCGGCGAAAGCGUCUUGUGAUUUUUUGCUUUGCAGUGCAUUACCUUUUCGUUUUUCUCUUGACGAAAGUUACUGAAAGUUAAAAGAAUAUGCCGCUAAAUUUAUCAGGUCUUCCUAAUGUUCCUAUGAGGAUAAUCACCCUUGUGCUCGUUGUGUUAGCAUCAUGGGCAUCGUUGAGUAGCAACUGGAUAGGUGAAUCAUAUUUAUUAGCAAAUUAUUUCGUUGUGUUGCUUGGUUUGUGGGCUGAACGAGAUGCACCAUCACCUGUUCCAGUUCAAUUUUUUUUCUUUGGUAUGAUUUUUACCUUUGUAAACGACAUUUUAUCCGUCAGUAUAUCAUACUCUACUUACAAUGACCUCACAAAAUCUCCAUAUUCCGCAUUAAAACGAUCCACUUUCCAAUUUAACGCAGCAAUGGCGAUUAUUCUGAUUCUUGCCAAACCAAUUGCUUGUCUAUUCAUCUAUAAGGAAUGGCAAACUCGCGUUGACGGUGGUCAAGAGGGCGGGUCCAAUUACGAACAACUGGGUGGUAACCAAAGAGGCGGAUAUCAAGAGUACGGCGGAUAUAAUGAAAAAGCAGAGCACCCACCGCAAUAUCAGCCACCUAAUCAGCCCUUUCCGUAAAAUUUCCGGUGUGAAUCCAAACAAGUGGGCACCGGUCGAACUCUCACUGUAUCACUGUUUAGAAUAAUUAUAUUUCUCAAUUUUUAAGUAGUAUCUAUCUUCUUGUUUAUAACAUUGGUGUAUCUUUAAGUUUCAUAUCUUUCGUCUGAUUAAGUGUUAUUGUUUUUGUACACAAGAAAUUGUAAUUUAAUUCUCUAUUUACAUGUACUUACAUAAUUUCUGUGUGACAUUUACCUAAUUUGAUUAUAAUAUUCGAAUAUAUUUUCUAUGCCAAA